CAACAAACAUGGCGGACAUAAGGCCUUCCGGCAAAUACUGUCCAACUGUUAGAAAUAGCGAAGACUUCUUGGUGUGGAUUUAUCGAGCGAAAGAGAUAAUCAAUGGAAAAAUAUGGCUGCAAGUACCUCAAGGUAACUUUUUCACUGUUAUGCUGGGCAUUCCACAUGCUAAACAAAAUACAGUCAGAACAAAAGCGUGGAGGAGUUAGAGUCCUUAAGCCAGUUCGAGAGUCACUCCUUGUCUGCCAGCUCCAAUUCAUACUCGGGGAUGAGUUAUUCGAGCUCCAAACCAGAUUGAGAAAUAUUCCUAUAGCAUUUAAAUGGAUUGGAAUUAUCAAGUGUGCUCGGUUUUAAAAUCUUAUCAUUGUUGUUAGAACACACAGACUGAUGGAUCACUGGAGCAGGUACUUAGGGAUAUAUUACAAUGGUAGUUCCUUAGGCGAAAAUACCUUUUAUUCGCAAUACCGACCAUAAGUUAUUUUACAUUUACAAUUGUUACUGGAAAUAUAUUGAGCACGCAAGUUAAACUCAUGACAUGACAGAAAAAUAAUUCUUUGGGCUUUCAAGUUUUCUAUUUUCUUAAAAUUAUAAUAAUAUAACUAUUAAACUUGAAUCGCAAUAACAAUACAAAAUCUAAAAUUCUUAAAGUUCACUAGAAGUGCUGUGUCUUGUUCUAUUUGUUUGUUUACUUUUCUGUCAAGGUUUGUUUGCUUUGGAACUGCAGUAUAUUAUUAAUUACUCUAGGAACUUGAAGGUUUUGUAUAGGCAUUAACAUGAUUUUAAGUGCAAUUUGGUGUUAAUGCGCAUGAUUGAACACGAGACAAAAAAAUUGCACAAACCCAUAGGGAAACUGUAAUUUGUAGUUUUUGAAAAAUUUUCCAGUGCUUUAUACGCCAAAUUGCAAGAGAAAUCAUGUCAUGACUUGUUUAAUAAUGUGCAUGAAAAGAUGUCACAGAAAGUCAAGACAGAUGAAAUUUUGAAAGUGUAUGCUAUUUGUAAUUUGCACUUGUCUUACAAGAGAAAGUACUUGUUUUCAACCAAUCAGAAGUGCAUAUUUUUUUCAUGUACAUUAUUAUACAUAUAAUUUGUCAAAACUUUAAUAAAUUAGAUAACUCUUGCAUUGCUUUCUUUUUCAACCAGGGCCCUGACCAAGAAAUUUGGUGGUGAUGUCUUGGAACAAUUUUGAAGAGUUUAAGGUUGCCCAUUGUUGUAGGAUUUAAAACUUAAGUCAAUAAUAAGAUCUUUUUCUUUCUAAAAUUUCUCAAAAGAACGAAAGUGAGUUGUUUACAGGUAUGUAAAAUUGUAUGUAAAAUUGUAUGUAAAAUUGUAUGUAAAAUUGUAUGUAAAAUUGUAUGUAAAAUUGUAUGUAAAAUUGUAUGUAAAAUUGUAUGUAAAAUUGUAUGUAAAAUUGUAUGUAAAAUUGUAUGUAAAAUUGUAUGUAAAAAUAUAUGUAAAAUUGUAUGUAAAAUUGUAUGUAAAAUUGUAUGUAAAGGAGAUACAUCAUAGAAGUAGCAGUCAAAUUUGAGGUCAUUUUUUAUCAAAAUUAUCUGAGGAUAAUCUGGGAAGUCCUUAAUUUGUGUAUUUUUUCCAAUGAAUUUAAACAGAGAUUUUCCAGAAAUAGUGGAAAUAUUAGGAAAAAGAGGCCUGCGUCAAGUGUUGGUGAGUGUGAAGUAAAGUGGUUUUGUGUACUAUGUACACACCCUGCAUUAAGAUGUAAUAAUUAUUAUUAUAAUUGUUAUAUAAUUUGAUUUGAUGGCCUUGUUUGGUUUUAUCCUGGGGUCAAAUUAUAUUUUGUUUUACUUGUGACUGAUUAUAAUCAUAAAUUAUGUAACUGUACCCAAUAUCACAGAAAUUAAACAAGAUUUACUUAAAAUUAAAGACAGGUUAUAGUGUGAUCUCUGUGUUUUGGUAGUUUUUGUUUUGCUUGAUUAAGCAAAUAUGACUUGAAUUUGUUGGGGGAAAAUUUUGCUGUCCAAUAGGUAUCAAGGUAGGUUAUUAGGUAGUUCAUGUUAACACUUUUCUUUCUUGCUGUCCAACACUUACCUAAUGUACUAUACUCUUGACCCCUAGAAGGAAACACUCUAAGUGGUUUACUUUUUCACAUGUGAACAUUGUGAAAUGAAAUGAGAGUAGGCAUGACUUAAGAUUUUCCAUCCAAAAAGAUCUACAUUUGCCCUCUCAGCUGUUCUGAAACUGAGUUAUUUACUCAAGCUGAAAGCUGUCCAGCUCUUAAACCAUCAAAAGUGUCAUAUGAUACAGUUGUAGGUGCACUAUACCUACUCUGCAAAUUGUUUUAUAUAAAUUUUGAAGUUUUAAUUCACAUUCUUGUAAAAUCAGUAAGAACUUUAAUAAGACAUUUUGUGGAUCUUCAUAUAUUAUUCUAACUUCUACUGAAUUAAUUAAUUUACUUGACAUUAAAUUCUCAGACUGGCAAAAAUCAUCGACAUGGAAGAGACGACAAACAAGCAGUGACUCAAUUUCUUAUGUGGUAAGUGUAUUUGGCAGGUUUCAUUGUUGCAUUUAUGUUUGCAAUGUGAUAGCCAGGAAUAUAAACAAAAUUUCUCUAAUUUUUUUCAUACUUACUUGUGUGAGACUCUCCCAGUUCAUGAAGUCUCUCUAAAAUCAUAUAUAAUGGAAUUUUUUUGUAGUCUAACCCUGAAAAUGUCACUGUGAUUGAGGGCUUUUCCACUGAUGAAGAAGAUGAUGAUGUGCAUUUAGAUUCUGACUCAGAUUCCACUUUGUGCUUAUCAAGGUAAUAAUUUUCAUGAUCCUCAGCUUUUUCCAGAGGUACAAUAAGUAAAUUUUCCAUUGUCAACUUUUUGCUUCUUCAGAUCUACAUGUCUUUUCUUUCACAUAGCAAAUUGUAACACAAACUUUAAGGAAACUUAUAGCAUUGAAUGACAAAGACACAUCAGACGUGCAUGUAUAUAUGAUAUAUAUGCAUGAAUAGCAUAUUAUUAUAUACACAUCUAUCGACCUGUGUCUGUGCAUGUAAAUGCAUAUGUGCAGUUAACCUAUAUCUGGGUGGUACUAUAUGCAUGUACAUGUGAUACAGUCAUUAGGUAAUGCUUUUCAGCAUCACACCAUAGAAUAAAAUUAUGCCAUAAGUCCUGUGUAUUGUCCCAGUAUACACAUUAGCCUUAAUAUAAGUAUGUCAUAAAGGUGCCUGUGACAAUCAGGAUUCUUCUUGAUCCAAGGAUUAUUGUCUAACACCUGCAUUUGUUUUCUCCCAGGAAGCUAGGUAAACCUUCCAUCGAGAGAAAGUAUUCUGAUGUAAGAAUAUGUACUGUACUCUAAUUUAUAUCUGAUUUUUAAUUAGUUGCCCUUGUUAUGUAUCACAAGUGUUAUCUCACUAAAUAGAACCAACACUUAACACAAUUUGCAAAGUUUAAUUUGAGUUUCUAUGUUACCAUGGAUCUAAUGCCAAACAUUGAUGAAUACCAUCUGUUGAAUAUUCGUUGGUCAGGGAACUCCUUUCAUUUCUCUAAUUAAAUUUUCCUUUAGUCAAUGAUCAAGAUAGUAUAUUUAAAGUGCAAUUGAGUGAUAUGAAAUGUCCUUACAAUGGUAAAGCUAUGUGAUGCAAUACACUUCACUAUCUGUACAAAAAAUAGUGCACCACUCACAUGUGAUAGCUAUUGGUUUUUUUCUUUUCACAGUGGAAAGCUCUCACAGAGAAAAGAGUUUCAACAUCAGGUGGUCAGGACUUGAGUUAUGCUGACCCCACACCAAACAGAAGGGAUGGGGGAGAUUAUAAACACAGUGACUUCAUACCUGAUGGAGCUCAUGAGCUGCUACAGUGUUCAAACACACCCACUGAGGAUGAAAUAUUCUGGUGUGCAAGUGAUGAAGAAGGUAAUGUGAAAUAAAGAAAUCAAUAUUAAGAUUAUAGAGUUUAAAAACAACUUCAAACUUUAAGGGGUCCAACUUGGAAAUACACAACUCUGAUUUUUACUGCAAAAAAAUCUGAGUUGUUCAUUUUUUGUAAUGGACAAUUACGAAUUUAAAAACUCCAAUUUUUGUAUUAUAAUUCUGAGUGGUCUAUUAGAAAAGCAAACUACUGGAUAAUUGCAGAACAAAGUUGAAUCGUGCAUUCAGGAAUUAGACAACUUGGAUUUUUUGGAUUAAAAUUCUGAGUUGUGCAUGAAAGGAUAUAUACUGUACUCAAAUUUUUCUUUUUAUGAGUUGUGUGCUUAUAUAAUUAUAAAGAGAUACUUUAUAAUAGUACAGAUUUUAACAAAUGUGUGAGGUUUAAAAUUCAAUCAAAAAAAUAAAUGGUUGAUGCCCUAUAUAGGUCACAGUACUCAAAUUAUCCACAAUAAUACUGUUACAGUAUAUCCAACAGUGGCUUUGAACUCAUCUGAAUAAUCAUUUUCACCUGCUGUUUUGAAUCCAUAGAAUUACCUUGUAAAGGUGUUAGCAAUGGACCAGAAAUUCAAAAUUGUGACCCCAAAGCAAAAUUUCCUAGAAAUGAGACAAAACUGGAAAAUGUAAUGAAAUCAAGGAUAUAUAACAGCAUCCAAUCUACAGGGAACAUGCCUGUAAGUACUGCAGUUCAGUUUUACAUAGCAGUUAUGUGAUACAUUUGAAGUCAAUUGUGGUAGAGGGAGUUGAUAGGUGUUUAGUAUCUCUUGAUGUACCUGAUUAUGAUCUUAAAUAGAAGUUAAAUUCUAGAGGAUUUCGGGAUUCUUUGAGGAGAAAAAGUAUGUAUUUCCCACAAAUUAGUCUGGCUUGUUUACACCUAUAGAGCUGUGCAAUUCCUGAGACUUGCCAAAAUUUUUCCCAUUCAAAACAUACAUGUGAUUGUUUCACAAUUCUGCAAUGCUCAAGAUGAAUUAGUGUUCUUGAGUACAGCUACAAUUUAGUACAGUACAUGUACGACUUUUAGUAGGGAGGUAGACCUCAUUCACAAUAAUUUGGCAUCAGUGAUUAUUGUAUUAUUGAUAUCAUUAUUAAUAUGCUGGUGUUGUUUUUCAUUUUGAAGGCCAAGGAUGAAGCCAUAAGUGAUUAUGAAACAGAUCAAGGGAGUUCACAGGUCUAUCUCGUUUUACUUUAACUAUGAGUUAGACUUAAAAUUCUCCUCAGACCUACUCCCAUUAAAAGGAGAAUCUUUUUGUAAUGUUCAUCAGUUAGCUUCAUUGUCUCUUUGGCGUUAGAUAAAAAGGACUAAUGAUCCCUUACCUAUGAACUGAAGAAUAAACAAAUAUUACUUCAGGAAGUCUAGGUACCAUUUUUUUAUCCCUUUUCUCUGAGUGAGUGAAAUUUUUUUUGUGUUGCAUGUAGUUAAAAAACUUGUGCCAUGUUUGUGCACUAGAAACAUUCAUAUUAUUUUCAGUCAAAUGUUAACUGGAGAUUUAACAUUUACUGUUUACAAUAAAUUAAACAACUUGCCUCCCUUGAUCUGGAAAUUAAACAUUUAAGGAUAAAAUAAUGUGCAUUUUGUUUCACAGGAGUCUUUAUCAGCUGACAUAACUACCCCCACCCUCACCCCUGUUAGCCCUGUUGUUGCUGGGACUCCUAAGACUGCCAGUGAGUGGCUUAAACAAGUUCAACAAAACUCCCCUCAUAGGAGUGAAGUGGAGAAGUCUCCAGAAGGGAGGAGUGUUUAUCUGAAUGUAUGUGAUUCUGCCAAAAAGAAAAGAAAAUUUUCCAGGUAAAUACUUGAAAAUCUAAAUGGGGAAUAAAGAGAUGAAUUAUGGAUAAAUAUCAGUAGAUAUUUCUCAUAAUUAUGCAUAAGAAACUCUCUAGAAAACUACAUCUACAAAGUCAAAACUUAGAGAUUCACAGAUUUUCUAAAUCAAUGAAAAAGUCUCUAAGAAUAUUACAAAUAAAGUAUCUGUAGCCCAAAGGAAAGAAAGCUGAAUAAUUAAUAUUUAUUAUAUACAACAAAAUCUGCCAAUGCAAGACAUUUAUUCAAUAUACCUCAAUGCACUUGUGUUUUUUUUUUGUCUGGAUGUUUGUUACAGUGGAAGUUGGUUCCUUGUGAUUUAAAUAUAGGCAUGUGUAGCAUGCAAGAGUUAUUUUUUUAGCCGGGUAGGUUGAGAUGGGACACUUUGUGUUCCUAAUGUUUUCAUAAUUUUCAAAAGAACAAAAAUAUCACGUUACUUCACUUCAAGAGAAAGCGAAAAAACAAUUUAUCUAAACUCACACAGGUACCAUUAUUUUGUGGUCUGUUGUCUCUAUUGUCUAAAUACAUUGUACUUCUGAGCAGAAAUAAAAUGUAUCAGUCCCAUGCUUACUGUAGUCUCCUUCGCAGCUGUUGUUAGGUCUUGUCUAUUCCCCAUUGGAGAGAGAGCCGUUGUGUGACGAGACCAAGUAACAGUUGCAAAAGAGACUACCCUUACAGCUGUUCCUCUAACAGAAAGAAAAUCAAAAUUAUUAGGUUGCAGUUAGUUGCCUCAAAAAUAUAAUUCCAUGUAAUUUUACUGCAAAAAGCAAUUAACUGAAACUGUGGUAUCUCCAAUAGGCCCUUACCAAAGACAUGUUGUGAUCUUGUAUAAGAAAAGAUACACUGAGCAAGAGAAAAGGAUAAUAUUUCAAAGAGGGCUCCUUGAUUGGUUGUUGCCUAUUGGGACUUUGCCCUCUGUGUGUGAAAUACCUGAUGAAAUGCAGGUUGUUUUCUAGGAAUUAACAUGCAAAUGGAUUAAUUCCAAGGUAGCUAAAAGUGAGUUUUAUUCAUAGAAAAAGUCAAAACAUGGAAGAGUGCAUGGAAAAUUCACUCUCACUAUUUUUUUAGUGGUGUUAGAUGAUGCAGUUAGAAUACAAAAAUGAUAAAAUGCAGGUUGUAACUAACUAAAAAAUCAAUUCUUGUGUGAAGCAAUCUGUCUUUGCAUUGCUAUACUUAAUUAUAUUUUAUGAUCAAUGUGUGCUUCAGGUCUGGUUUGGCACAGCAUUUGCAGCAUAUCAUUUCUCGAGAAAGUUCAGAGAAGGCAUUCUGGAAUCACAGAUUAACAGAAUUAGAACAGAGCCAGAGAAGUAAGCAUGACAAUGUUUACAUUCAAACUCUCUUGAAGUUCUCCUUUAAGUUGAGUCUGUGCAUUUAGUUACACAUCGGGGAUAGACCAAAUUCCAAUGCUGAAUUAAUGUGGGACUGCUCAACAUAAAUUCUACCAGAGGAUUUGGACAAUUAUUCUUCUGUGUUAAGGAUAAAUGUGCUCCUAGCCUGAAAGUGCCAUGAUACCAUUCCAAUAUUAGAUUGAUAAUAAUAAGCACUUUGGAAGGGUACAUAGAUGGGUGUUGCAAACUUCUCCAAGAUGAUGUUGAUAUUUUCUCAUAUUUGUUGUAGCUAAUUCCUCUCAAAUGGAUAGAUGUUUAGUUGUCCAGAUCAUGUCUGACCGGCUUCAGGGCUCAAUUCAUCUGACACAGUGUUUGUUGUGCAGUGAUGAAAUAAGUCUCCCACAGAAGUUUCUGUUUGUCCUAUUCCCAUGUGAUGCUUGGAAACAGCUUGCCUUGAUUGUUGGAGCUACUGUAAACAUUUAUCCUCGGUGGUAUGUUGAGCAAUUUAGAUUAUGUUGUAACUUCAGUUGUAAUUAGAGGUUACUAGCUCUGAAGUGUACACCUUUUUAACUAAGAUAUCAAAUGAGUGUCAUUGAUGGUAUUUAUCUGAAGGGGCAUAUAUUAGUUGGGAAUUGUGUGGAGAAUUUCAUCCUUUAAAUAGUUGCCUCCUUACCUAAGAGAAGCAGGUAUCUGCAUAAACAAACAGUAACAACCUUCAUUUUGAUAAUGGUCUGAUGAGAUCAUAUAUUUUGUGAAUUUGCAGGCAGAGAUUGGAUAUAACAGAGUGUCCAUGGCCUGUUCUACUUGGUACAUACUUCUGCAAGCAACACUCUGUACCCACACAACAGUUGCAUGCUAAGAGUUUCAAGUCACUCAAAGGUUAUACCUUUUUCUGUCAUUCUUUAAUGUAGUAAGUAAUAACACAAUAUGUCCCGGAUUUCAUGUGCCAUGUAGAAUUUUAAAAAGAUUCUUUUAUAGGAGAAAAACUUGUGAAUGUGUCAGAUAAAUAAUGGAAAUUAGUUCUCCUUGACUUGCACUACAGAUAUCUUAGACAUUCAAACAGGGGAUUGUUUCCAUCAAACUUAAUUAGCAUCUAAGCAUCAUCAACAUAUUUGUUUUGGUCUUUGUUAUUCAGGUGGCUUAUGUAUUCCACUUAUCUGUGAAUCAACUUCAUCGCAUCUUCAUCAAUCACCGAAAAAAGUAAUCACUCCAGAUACUUUUUUUUAACCUUGUUUUCCUUUUCAUGAUUUUUUUCAAACUCGUAGGUGUAGUCCAAAGUUUUGUUUCUAUUUUACCUCAUAGAAUUUAACUCCUUUAAAGUUACUGUUUGAUGAUGUUCAUGGUGAAAAUACCAAACAGAAUACAACAGCAGUGUCAAAAUUAUAUACUGCCCAGCUUGCACAACCAAUCAGGUCAGAAAGCAAAAGAGGAAGCAAAGUGGACACAUCAAUACUUAAUGCAGUAGAAUCCAGUGGAGGCUGCAGUGGAGUGCUUGCCACUUUUCAGUGUUUGGUUCAGAGAGUGUAUUGCAUGAAAGCCCAGCUCACAAAGGAAAACAAAGAAACAUGGAGGUAGAAAUUGAAGGAAUGAAAUGCUAGCCUGUAUUACAUGGAAAUAUAAUUAACUCAAGCAGAAGUUAUGAUGUAAACUGCAAGAAAACGGGGAAUGAAAUAUAAGUGUUGGCAGACAACAUCAGACAAGAUUCAAUGGGAAAGGAAUAGAAUGCAACAUGAGAGUCAUUCUGGCUAGUUGACUAAACUUGUGCUAGAGGGAAAAAGGAGGGUAACAGAAUAUUCGAACUGUCAAUUACCUGUAAAAUGCCCAGGAAACACGUGGGUGAUCAGGAGAGAAAUCGACGCACAUUAUGCGAACCAGUUUAUUUUUGUUCUUGUUUAUUGAUCGAUCCAGCUUCUCCUUGUUGAAUCAACAACUACGAUCACAGGCCCAAUCAAUGAAAGAGAUUGCUGAUAAAGAAUUAUGGUGAGUAAACUGAUUUCCUCAGAAUUGUACAUGAAAACUCCUUACAUGCAACUAAUUUUAUGAAUGCAUACAUACUUUUGGUGUAUUCUGUACGGUUCUUGAAUUAUUUUCUGUUUUACUAGCUGGAAUCUCCUAGUCCAAGACGUUCACGGAAUGUUUGCUGAAGUACAAGUUCCUCCACGCUUUCAAGACUCCACUGACUGGUCAGUUAGUAAUGUGAUAGAUAUUCUCAGACUGAUUUAGAUAACCUUUGUAAUGUCACUUGCUACAGCAACCUGACCUGAUAAACAAUGUCUCGUUUAAUUUCUAUCCUCUGUAGGUCACUUCGUUCCUCUAGGUUUACGUUAUAUAUUUUUCUUACUGCUAUGUCGUUGAGCCUACUUAGAAAUGAAUUUUCUCUCCCUGGGUCUUCUGAUUAAUUAAACCGACGAGAAACGAGAGUCCCACAUAUUCAGAUAGAAAGUUAACUUUUUGGGCUUUAAAAACACUAGCAGACAACGAGAACUCAGGCUUAUGAGUGGCCACAAACACUUGUUGCAAAACGAAACCUUACACUGUAUGCACAUGGUAUGCGAACAAUUAGCGGUGACAUUAUUACGGAAUUAUAUUCUGAGGUUCGGUUAUAAAGCACACAUUUUCCUGCUUUUGUCAAAGAACUAGAUGUAAAAAGUAAUGCGUCAUAGUUGAGAGAGUUUAAAACUGGAAACAGAAACUUACUUCUUUUAUUGUUCAUCGACGAUAUGGAUAAGCCAUCACAUGAGAUUGAUCUUCCUUCUCCUCAGGAAGUCUUGCAUCACUAACGGAGAAAACCAAGUAUUUAUCUUUUCAAAUAUGAUAGUACGAAAGAGAACCAACAGAACAAGGUGAAUUUACAAUACACCAACAACAUAUUGAAUUUCAGUUAAAUUCGUAGGUCAGAUGAUAUUUUCCUUUGCCUUAAACUCGGUGUCAUCUAUCACAGUAACCAAAAACGGAGGAAAAUCAUUUAAGUUGUAAAGCAAGAAUUUACUUGUACCACAUCAUUCACAGUGACACUUGUAUGUCUAAAUACGUCGACUAUAAGCAGUCAACGUCAUUCUCUAAAUAUUAACAUUAUUUCUAGCGUUGUCUGUGUGUGUGUUCUGUUAUAUAACCUGUGUUUUCUGUUAUGUAACCUGUGAAGGAAGUACCAUCGUGAAAUUUUGAUGCACCGUACACUAUUUAGCGCACAUUAUAUGAAUGUUGGCACCACUUUUUCUUUUCCUCUUUCUCCCGCACGCUUAGCGGUUUUCUAAGCACCAGUUAUGCAGGCUCUGAGUUUCGCUUUUUGGUUUAUUUCUAUGCUUCCUAAUGUCACAUGUGGUCGAUAAACACUUCAAUUAAAAAAAACUACCAAUUUCAUAGAUCACCUGGACUUUUCAGUGUUAUACAGUCACUAUGGUAUUCAAAUGAUGACAACACAGCUAAGCAAGUGGAUAAAAGCAGACAGACUGUGACCCGGGAGGUAAUACAAUUAAUAAACCCUUCUUUUAUCAGUUUUGCUGAAACUCCAUCACGAAUAAUAACUGAUUCGUCACAACUGAUGAUUGCUUAUAUAGUCUUACAGUGAAUACCAGUGUUAAUGGCCAAACCAAUCGAUGUGCUUUCAAGUUUUGCUCUUCGAAAAGCAUACCACUGACAAACAAUUGUUUGCGUGACCCUGUUAAUGACCUCCCACCCACCAACUCUAGGUAAAUAGCAUAAGAAAGAAGAUGAAUUUUGGCUCGGUGAGGAAAUAGGAGAAGGAUGUUUUUCGUCUUGUCACAAGCGUGGGACAAAGAAAAAUUCUGAGUCCCCACGAGGAAUCCAACCUCAGAAAUUCGUAUUCCACACUGUGAUGCUUUACCCCUUAGCCACUCCAUGGUGAACAAGGCCACCACUUGGUUCAUAUGCGAUACGCGUCCUGGAUACUACUAGGAUCAGAAAUGUUGCUAGCGUCAUGUUUGAUGAAAUACAUCUUUCUCUAUUUCUUAACUGAGCCCAAAAUUUACCAUCUUUCUUAUUCUAUUGACAAACAUCGUUCUCAACUCUAGAUAAUUGUAACAUCCUUCAUUGUUGUCGGCAACUCUUUUUCAGUACACUAAACAAUCGCUUAGCAAUCGGCUGUGGCUGCUAUGCAUACCUCUCGAAAUUAUUUCUUUUUCUCGUUUCUAAUGUUAGAGUAAGAGUCAAGAAACCCUCUCCAACUGUGCGCCAGACUUCUGUUACGUAUUAACAGUCCAAGAAUCAAGUCGAGCAAUGCUCUGCCAGGAGACGGAUGAUUGUGGUGACAGUAGGAGGACACUGGGUGGGUUAUGUAUGACAUAUGGCUAAACUGAAUACUACUACAUUGGAUAUUAUAGUGAACUUGUCCAAGAGGUUCAGAAGGUUAAUUUUUUGGUCAUUAGAACAAUUUUUUCUAGUUGAGUCAUUGUCCUCGAUGUGUGAAAUGACCAUCAACGUAAGGUUAAGGUUUGGAGGCCGGGUGGUCAAUAAUUGCCCGUACGUUUUCUCCUCGAGUUUUUGCCCGUACAUUUUCUCCUCAUCUCUUUCUGAAUGGGAUGCCCGUCAAUGCUAGGCAAAGUCCGAGCAUUUCGUCUGGUUUCCCUGAUAUAUAUAUAUAUAUGCACACACAUAUAAAUGAAUGUGGGUAGAGUCUACCUUGGCAUAAAGUACGCAAUGCUGUGGUAGCAGAGCUAAGUGUACAUAAGUUAAAGAAUUAAAGAGGACGCAUCGAUUCUCUGUUACUCUGAGUUUCGCGCCUAAGCGCUCGUCAGACAGAAAAGUUCUGUUAAUAGUAGAUAAGCUCUUCCCGAAAGACAGCAAACUUAGAAAAAUCUUUAAUCGUAACACAAUCAAGAUCAGUUACAGCUGCAUGAAUAACACUAAACAGAUCAUCGACAACUUCAACAAACGCAUUUUAAAUUCAUCCAAACACAUCGAUGACACCGCAAAUGACACCAACACAAAAGACACCAAAACUUGCAACUGCCGACAGAAGAACACAUGCCCUCCUAAUGGAAACCGCCUCCAAUCAUCACUAAUCUACCAAGCCACCAUCACACAGAAGUACAACAGCACCACUGAAACAUACAUCGCACAUACAGAAAACGACUUCAAGACUACAUACAGAAACCACACCACAUCAUUCCCACACACAAAACACAGAAACUAUACCGAACUCAGCAAACAUCUCUGGACUUUAAGAAAAUAGCAUUGACCACUUUAUUUCGUGGCGUAUUCUUUCAUCAGCGCUCGCAGCGCGAGCAAAAGAUACAACCUCUGCUUCAAAGAAAAAUUACUUAUCAUCCCCCGACCUGAAAUUAUCAUCAGUCAAUAAACGUAAUGAACUCGUGUCCUCAUGCCGCCACAGAAACAAAGUGUUACUGCGUAACAAAUGAACAAAGCGUUGAAAUUUACCGCCACGCCUAUUAUGCAAAUUUGUAAAGUACAUAAACGAUGGUUACGAAUAUUCUUAACAAUAAAAUCCCCUGAUGAGUGAGUAAUCACGAAACAGGCUUGUAGGGAUGAAAGUAUAGUCUCUUUGAAUUUUUCCUAUCUCAAUAUAUAUGUAUGAGUCUUGCCCAAGAACACAGCACGGUGACCCGGCCAGGUUCCCGACCAUUCUCUGACUGUCAAAGUUUAGAAAACCAGUGAGAAUUUCUUUGUAAAGAUAAAUAUGCUCCAACAUGAGAAGAAUAUACCCCAAAAUAAACAAGGUGCCCAAGGAUGGAGACGAUUAUAGCGGAUAAAGAAAAAGAGUUGAAAAAACAGAAACUUUUUUGUACGGUAGUUUUUUAUACAGAUGGCUUCUUUGCAUCGGGUUCCACUAGGUCACCGUGUUACUGAGCAAGUUGUUCUUUUCAGGUUCGCUCUACAAACCUCAGGCUGUCAAGGCAUUAAAGGAUUUCCUUCAGGUUCCGGACACAGUCAAUGAACCACAACGAGUCAGCACAUUAUGCAAGCUGUUGCAUUGCCGUUCAACUGGAUCAUCCACUACGGAUAGCAACGAUCAUUCUUUUUCUUUCGAGUUGUUUGUUACUGACGCCUCCUUGCAAUACGUAACAAAGUCUGUGGGAAGCUUUGACGGAUUCCUUCCAUAUCUGAAAAUUACAGGAAAAAAUUCCCAGGUGUUGCCUUCAGAGCUGAGAGCUGUGCCCACGAGUUGUGGAAUGAACCUUUCUGCCAAGCAUUUGCUUUUGAAAGCUCAAGGUACGUGUGCGGUACGGUAUACAACUGAUCUGACAACAUUGAUAAAACAGAAAACAUAUUCACCCAAGAUUUUGGAACGGGUUCUUUUGCUGUCCUUCGAUCCUAUACUGAGAUUGGUUUUUGUAUAUUUGCUAGGUCAUCAUCAGAACUCGGUGAUGUGAUGAUUUAAGUUUAAUAAAUUAUAGUUAAUCUUUUCGCGAACAUUGUGAUGUAAGCUGUGAGAAAAUGCGGUUAUUGAUCACUGGCUAUGAACAGGUUGAUGCUAAGACAUAUACUCGUGAAUAGUUGUCAACAAAUAAAUUUUGAGUCACACUUAUAUUAGUGUUGUUGUGUUACAGAAUCCCACCAGCUAUUUGCUGAUUCGUAUUCUGUGAUCAGAAAAGUUGUUCCUCAUUCCACUGCGGGGGUCAAAAGCUCGGUAAGCCUUGGGAGGUGAAUUGUGAGUGGUUGUGAGCAUUUGAACAAAGAGCAUUAUGUCAGUGGCUUUGUCAAUGAUGUUCUUCUGUGCAAUUAAAACAUAAUUUUUUCCACCUCAUCCUGUUAAUUUCGCUCCGUUUGAGUUGAUAUAUCAACGCUGGUUUUUGUUUACUUUUUGUAGUUCUAUGUAGAGUGUAUACCGGAGGAGGUUCUGGACAGUCUUUAUACCUUGAAACCAGUUUGUCUCCCUGACCUAACAGUUCAUUCCUUGCUCGGUUUCAUUUUUCGCGUGGAAGGUUUGUCUUUCCUUUUGAUUUGUGAUCACAAAAUUAUAAACAGUUAUCCUGGGUGCAGACUUAUACAUUUUCUGGCUGCCUAACUGACCUAACUUACUGACCGAUUAACGGACUUGCUGGUUGGCUGGGGUGACUGACAAACUGACUGACUGAAUGACCAGCUCACUGACUGAAUUGUUGGCUGGGUGACUCACUAGCUGAAUGAAUGAAUGAUUAGCUCACUGACUGACUGGUUGGCUGACCGACUAACUGACCAACUGACUGACUGGUAGGCUGACUUACUAGUUGGUAGGCUGACUGACCGACUAACUGAUUAGUAGGUUGGCUGACCAGUGGCGUAACCGAGGCUGCCAAUAUUUUGGAGGUUUCAACCCAACAGACAUCUUUUUUACAGGUGUUGUCAUCGGGGUGGACGAAGAAACAGCUUGUUGUUGGUUGGUCUGUGAUACUUGUGGAAAUCCGGAUAUCACAGUUAAACGUGAAUCUAAGUGAGUAUUUUCAUUGUUGUCUUCACUGGGCUGAACUAUCAGCAUCAAGAAUAUGACAUUAACCUUGUUUAUCUUGCAGUUCGCAGUUUUCCUGUUCAUCUUGUAACUGUACCGUGGAAUCACCUCAAACCAGAACAUACCUUGCAGUGUUUGUUAAAGUCAAGCGUGCUAAAGAUGCUCAAGUCAAAAUAAAGGUGAGAUCGAUACUCUCUCUGUGUUAAUAGAUUCCUUUAUCUUCACGUUUCCCCACGGAAGAGUAAAUGUUAAGUCGACUUACGGGACAAGGGGCCAUCCCUCCGUAACUGAUCGUACUUUCUGUAGAAGGAAGCUAACAUAUUGUCUAUAGCUAACCUGCGGUACCUGCGACUCUUCUAUUUGCUUGUUUAAUUUUAACGUUUUUCAAGCAAGCGGAGACAAACGUGAGUCCAGUCCAUUGCAGGUUAACUCCCCCUCCCUCCCCUCCCCUCCCCUCUCGCACGGUUUCUUGGUAACCAUCUUCAAAAUGAGUGAAUAUUUAUCUUGAAAAUAUUCAUCCCUCUUGCGAUCCUCCUUUUAUUCAGCUCAGUAUUUAGUACAAAUUUCAUUUUACUAAAAGUUAUAAACUGAGAGUAGAGUUAGUACACGUAAUAACAUUUGAUCAUGUUUGGUUUCAGCUCCAUCAGAGUACAAUUGAUAAACUGUUACCAGUGUCCUAUCAAAACAGUGAUCAGGUAGGAUGGUUGAUCUUAUGCUGUAGUUAUUCAGUCCGCCCACGUUAGCCUAUUGGCAGCGCAUCCUGUCGGUAAAAUCUUGUCUUCCGCCACAAACGAAUAUACCAAGGUGACCUUAUAGCUCCUUUUUGAGGUGAAAUACGUGUUUCACUUGGCGGUCAGUACUGCAUUGUUUUGACCUCAAAAUGGAGUCAUAACAAAAGAUCAUCAAAAAACGUAAAUUUCUCUGUUCGAAUGUACACUUGAAUCGUAAUUGUUGGAAAGCGCAGCACUUGUUUCGUUAAAGCAUAACCUCUGAAUCGUGAUUUCAGAUGAAUUCAUCUUAUGUGAGUCACCUUUUCGUUGUCUCCUCAGGGAUAUGAUGUUGAUACUAUAUUAGGCAAACAGCUUGGACCAAUGAAUUGUUACGUCACAGAUCUUUCCAAACAACAACAUGGCAGCCUUGCAAAGGACAGCUUUACUUUGGAAGAGAUACAGAUCCAGUAACUCAAACUGAG